AUGAAUCAUAGGUUGCAUUUCGUGCGAAAGCUGUCGAAUUCUAUCGAAGAUUGUCUCUCAGUGCUUUAUUCGAAUCACAAAAUAUCCCUGAACAAGCAAAUUCAUGGUGCUUUGCUUGACUACGCUACUACUCAUGCUAAAAUUUGCGAAGAAAAACAGCUGCUACAAGUGAUGAUGGAAGAUUCUGAACUCUGUAAAGAUGCCGAAACCGAUUUAAAAAUUAUCGAGGAAGGGCGAUUAGCCAAUCUGCAAUCAGCUCACUCGUGGAUCAGACAAAUGAUGCUCAAGAAAGAUGCGAGUGUAGAAAAAUUGUAUGUGGAAAUUAAAUCUGGUGUAGGCGGAAAAGAAGCAGCAUUGUUUUCGUUUGAGAUAUUCCAAUAUUUAAUUGGCAUAGCUGACAAGUUUUCUUUUGAAGUUGAUGUGUUUGAAGAGAAAUAUGAUGAAAAGUCAGAUGGAAUGCAGGCGCUUCUCAAUGCUGCGUUCUUUGUCAGAGGAGCUGGGUCAUUUACUCGCUUGGAGAUUGAAGCAGGGGUUCACAGAGUGCAACGUAAACCGAUCACCGACAGAUCUAGAAUGCACACCAGUACAUGUGCAGUGACGAUUUCUCCCGUGCUUGAGACAGCCGCAACCGAGUUGAAAGCCAAAGACCUUGAAUUCAAAUUCACGCGAAGCUCAGGUGGAGGAGGUCAGCGACGAGACAAAACUGAGACUGCAGUUUUCGUUCGACAUAAACCGACUGGUCUUUUCAGCUUUUGCGAAAAGAGCCGUUUUCAGGAGCAGAAUAAGGAAUUAGCACUUGAGGCGUUAGCUGCCAGAAUCGAGAGGUUCAAGCAGGCUGAUGCAAAUUCCAAUAAAGAGGGUACCAAGUUUCGCCACUUCGGAACGCUUAGUAGGAAUGAAAAAAUUCGGACUUACAAUUUUGACGCAGACAGGGUGGUUGAUCAUCGUUGCAAAGCAACCGCGCAUGGCGUAGAUAACUUUUUCCGCCUAAGUCAGCCGUACGAUCACAUCUAUCAAGCAUGUAAUCUUUUAUCUCAACUCCUGUCGGAAUGGCUUGAGCAACAAAAGAUGGAAUCAUUCAUACAAAGUCUGAUUUAUGAUUUUAAAAACUAAUUUUUUGUCACUUUGUAUCUCAGUGAUUUAAAUUGAAAAAAUAUAUAUAUAUAUACAUAUGUUUGAGCUCAUGUGGCAAUUUUGUGAAGCCAGUCUUUGCCAUCGAUAAAAGUUUUGUAUUAAGUGCAUGAGUGUUUUUAUCUGACAAUUCUCACAAAAUAGAGUUAAGGCGUUGACUACUAAAAACAUUAAAAGUUUGCUACCAAAUUAUUUCAAACAAAGUUUGCCAGAUUUUCUCUCGGCGGGUUCAUUGCUCUAUGAUAAUUUUUUGUCGGCUAAAGAACCGGUUUAUUACUCUAGCGAGCUUGCGAGCAUAGUGUAUUAGUAUGAAUAUUUUUUCCAAGCUAACUUGCAAAUAAAAUGCGCAUAUAAUGGUACUUCUGCUAAUUAUAUUAAUCUGUAGUAUUGGAAAUUUCAUAACAUCUGAUCUCUGUUUUAUUUGUGCUUACAGUUUGUACCGAUUCAAGCGUCUGUGGUUGAGGGGUUAGUGCGUAAGACUCAUAAUCUCUAGGUCGUAUGAUCGAAUCCGAGACAUAGCAAACAGCUUUACCAAUUCGAGGCUUAUUGCUACUUUUUCUUAUAUCGCUUUGUAGAGCAGCUUUUUUUGUCGUGUUCUCGAUAGUGUUUGCUAAUUGCAGCUUCGCGUGUGUUAAAUAAGUUAUAUCGAAAGAAGUUAGGUGUCUUCAUUUUGGUUUUAUAACAUUUUAAACGCCUUAAUUUGUGAAAAUUUUUAUGUUGUUUUCGCAUUUUCUUAGUUUUCAUGCACAAUUCGUUUUAGUUUUUUUUGUUGACUCAAAAAUCAAAUAUUUUUUUUCAUAUGAAUCAUUCCUCAUUGUUACACCAGGUUCUGGGCCAGUGUUUGGAAAACUUUUACAAAAAGUAGCUUUUUGUUGCUUUGAUGGUAUUAUAACUUCAUGCUUGGUUCUCACCUACCGUGUUGAAUUUUGCAGACUGUCCUUCGUAUUGGAAGUAUUUUUUACGAAACAAUAUUUUAAGUGUCUAUAAGUCGCACAUUUGAAGCUAUAUUUAUGAAUUAUGCGUAUAUAGCGUACUGUUAUUGUGUUAACGCUUAGCGCAGGGUCGUGCGUUCGAAUCCAGCUUCGGUCAUGGUUGGAGGGGAUCCAGAGUCAUCCGCCUCCUCAAGGUGGGACCAGCUACUUCGAAAUGGAUGACAUCGCCAUUCCGACACGGUUGGUCCUGCAUUGAGUAGGACCGGGGCUAAAAAAAGGGUGCGGCGAUUGAAUUGCGACUUAGGCCGUUUUUCUAGCCAGACAUCUGUCAAGGCUACGAUUCCAACUUCCAGAUCUUUCCUUUUAUUUAGGGUAUGCAAAAUUCAAGUUUGCUGCAGUGAUCUGGGGAAAAGUUUUCAAAUCAGUUGAAAAAGAGGUCAAUUCAACAUGCGUGGGAGAGCCUCAGAGAACCCAUGUGAAUACUUUUCCGAAAGUUUUUUUGGUGUUCAAAAAUGUGACAACGAUCUAAAAUAUGUUUUUUUUUCGUAAACCACAGCUGUCAGAUUCGUAAUUUACCAAAUCGUAACACGCUGCAGGUUAUAGCAGGCAAUAAUGCACAACAUGCGACAAUUCGUAAGUGUAGAUUAAGCGGCAAACAGUGAUUCACGCGCACUAUUCCUGUCGUGUCGAAUGUUAGUUGCGAAGCUUUCUAUGCUUUCAAAUGCAAAUGCUUUGGUACUAGUUAACGCUUGUUGCGAAUUGUCACCCUGUUACUCAAAUUACAUAAACCAAAAACAAAUCAAUCUUGAAAUUGAAAAGAUUUGAGAUACCUCUAGCGUUAUGUCGGUUCAGGUUUUCGGUUGAAAAUUAGAUUGGCUGCAUAUUUGCAGUUUGGCUUCUGAUUUCUAAAGUUCAAUUCAAAUAAUUUUGCACAAAUAAAGGCAAUGUGCGCUCUUCGAAUAUGUUAAGACAAAAGUGCAUAUGGCGUGAAAAAUUUUUAUUGGCUUUUUGUUUUCCUGAACAGUUUUUCGAUUUAUGUUAUUGAAACUUUCCAAAUGUCUAUUGCCAAUGUUCUUGCCUUGCAAGGUUUUUGU